GUAAGCAAAAGAUUCCACGAGACGCCUUGAUCGUUAGUACCCACAACAAGCGGUGCUGAGUAGGUUGGUUUCUUAAUUCUAUAUAUACGUGGCUUAUCUACAAGUAUACUUAGUCUGUAGAAAUACGAAUCAUCCUGAUGGCUUCAUUUAAAAUUAAAUUUCAAGAUGGUGAUAGAAAAAUUUUUAGCAAAAAAUCUUUCAAAACGGGGUCUACCAUUUAUCAAGAACAUCCCCUUUUAGUAUGCUGCUCUUCUAAAAGCUUAUGCCACAGAGUAAAGACUGGCCUUUUCAUAAGUUGCUGUGCCACUGGUACACAAGUAGGAAGGAUCAAUCUAAAACCUUUUCAAAAGUUUCUUGUUUAAAAGCAGUCCCUGAACUUUUGCAACUGCUAAGCAAACUACUUUGCCUUCUUAAACAAAAGCAGAUCUCUUUAAAAGAUUCCGAUUUUUAUACGUUGAAAUCUAACAGAGAGCUUUCGGCUAACACGGCAUUGGAAUCUCAAUUAGCUCAAUUACUUAUAGAGAAUAGAGAUUUUAUAACUUACCUAAAAAGUCACUUUCAUUUUACAGCAGAAGAUUUACUGCAAAUCCUGUUUCGUCUUGCCUGCAAUGCCGUGGGAAUUUCCAAUCAAGAUCUCCAGUACGUCGCCGUUGGCCUAUACUUGCAGGCUUCGUUAGUGAAUCACAGCUGCCACCCGAACGCUAUCUUUCUAUUUGAAGGAAACGUUCUGAUCCUGAAGGCUCUUAAAAAUAUUUUUUCUGGAGAAGAAAUCGUCGUGGCUUACAUAGAUGUUAUGCAAGAUAAGCACACCAGACAAAAGGAACUUCAAGAGCGUUAUCUUUUCGUAUGCGAGUGCGAGAAAUGCAGAGAUGGUUCAACGGGUGCCGAAGCGGAACAUAGAUGUCCCUGUUGCUUGUCUCUCGUUUAUGACCAAAGUGGGAUUGCGAAUCACUCGUGUAAAGGUGAACUAAAACAGAUUGUGGAAAAAGAAAAUCUUUGCUUUUAUUUUUCUUGCAUAAAAGCUUGUUGCGAUAAGCUUCCUUUUUUAAAAGAUCGUUCUGAACAACUGAAGCUUAUCGAGAAACUCAUCCAUUUUUAUUUGGAAAUUAGCAGCGACUUAAAUGUGCACGUCGCUGCUUAUUUAAAUCGAGCGAUGGAUUUGUGCAUUGAACUUCAACUUUAUAGAAAGGCGAUCACCUAUGGCGAGAGAGCACUGCCUGCGAUGGAAGUUCACUAUUCAGAACUUCAUCCUCUCUAUGCACUUCAGGCCUUGCCUUCUCUUUGUUAGUUAUAGUAACUCCCCUUUGAAGCUUUACAAAAUAGGCAAGCUGCAUUGUAAUGAAUUUCAGUUAAAGGAAGCCUUAACUUUACUUGAAAAGGCGU